ACAUGAGGAUGAGUAAUGAACAACAAAAUGUUGUUCUGCCUUAAUUCUACGUGGCAUUGAUUCAACAAGGUGCUGAAAGCAUUCUUUAGAAAUGUUGGCCCAUAUUAAUAGGAUAGCAUCUUGCAGUUGAUGGAGAUUUGUGGGAUGCCCAUCCAGGGCACGAAGCUCCCGUUCUACCACAUCCCAAAGAUGCUCUAUUGGGUUGAGAUCUGGUGACUGUGGGGGCCAUUUUAGUACAGUGAACUCAUUGUCAUGUUCAAGAAACCAAUUUGAAAUGAUUCGAGCUUUGUGACAUGGUGCAUUAUCCUGCUGGAAGUAGCCAUCAGAGGAUGAGUACAUGGUGGUCAUAAAGGGAUGGACAUGGUCAGAAACAAUGCUCAGGCAUGGCAUUUAAACGAUGCCCAAUUGCCACUAAUGGGCCUAAAGUGUGCCAACAAAACACACCCUUACACCACCACCACCAGCCUACACAGUGUUAACAAGGCAUGAUGGAUCCAUGUUCUCAUUCUGGUUACGGCAAAUUCUGACUCUACCAUCUGAAUGUCUCAACAGAAAUCGAGACUCAUCAGACCAGGCAACAUUUUUCCAGUCUUCAACUGGUGAGCUCAUGCAAAUUGUAGCAUCUUUUUCCUAUUUGUAAUGGAGAUGAGUGGUACCCGGUGAGGUCUUCUGCUGUUGUAGCCCAUCCGCCUCCAGGUUGUGCGUGUUGUGGCUUCAUGCUUUGCUUCAUACCUCGGUUGUAACGAGUGGUUAUUUCAGUCAAAGUUGCUCUUCUAUCAGCUUAAAUCAGUUGGUCCAUUCUCCUCUGACCUCUAGCAUCAACAAGGCAUUUUCGUCCACAGGACUGCUGCAUACUGGAUGUUUUUCCCUUUUCACACCAUUCUUUGUAAACCCUAGAAAUGGUUGUUUGUGAAAAUCCCAGUAACUGAGCAGAGUGUGAAAUACUCAGACCGGCCCGUCUGGCACCAACAACUAUGCCACGCUUAAAUUGCUUAAACCACCUUUCUUUCCCAUUCUGACAUUCAGUUUGGAGUUCAGGAGAUUGUCUUGACCAGGACCACACCCCUAAAAGCAUUGAAGCAACAUGCAUGUAAUUGGUUGAUUAGAUAAUUGCAUUAAUGAGAAAUUGAACAGGUGUUCCUAAUAAUCCUUUAGGUGAGUUUAUAUACAAAUUGUGUGCAUAUAUCAUUUAGACAUGCUUUUUACUAUAGAUUUCACAGCAAAACAAUUUUAUCAUUUGCCAUGAUAAUGGAACUUAAGUGGGACCUCACUCCACCUCUCCAGCGGGAAACACAAGUCUGAUGCUCUCACUGUGGUCCGGUGGCGCCUCUGAUGAUAAACGGACGAGCGCGAGGGCACUGACUGAACAACUGCACAUCCACGACAGAAAACAACUAAACCACACUCCUGUUACAAACGGUAGGAAAGAUGGAUAGCAGCGGUGAAUUGUUGAGAUCUCCCAUCUCCUCUUGUUGCAUGGAUAAUGCUACUAUGGAAAAUUCCAGCAUGAGUCAAAUCUUUGAAGUAGUGCUACAGUCGAAGAACACAACGAAGCGCAACCCACAGUUUGUCGGAGUGGAGCUUCUUCAGUCCUUUAAACCUCUCAUCAUUCCCUGCUAUGCUCUCGUGCUCCUGGUUGGAGUUUUCGGUAACUACCUGUUGCUAUACGUCAUCUGCCAUACCAAAAAGAUGCACAACGUCACCAACUUCUUCAUCGGUAACCUGGCUUUUUCUGACAUGCUGAUGUGUGCCACCUGCGUGCCGUUUACGCUGGCGUACGCUUUUAAUCCUCGAGGAUGGGUGUUCGGAAGAUUCAUGUGCUACCUGGUGUUCCUCAUUCAGCCGGUGACGGUGUAUGUUUCCGUAUUCACACUAACUGCAAUCGGGGUGGACAGAUACUACGCUACAGUUCAUCCUCUUAAGAAGCGCAUCUCAGUUCUGGCCUGCACCUAUCUUCUGUCUGGGAUCUGGAUUCUGUCGUGUGGUCUGGUUGCUCCGGCCGUGGCCCACACUUACCACGUUGAGUUCAAAGACGAAGGCUUCACCAUCUGCGAGGAGUUCUGGAUGGGUCAGGAGAGAGAGCGACUGGCAUACGCGUACAGCACGCUCUUCAUCACUUACGUUCUUCCCCUCUCCGCCCUCUGCAUUUCUUACCUGUGCAUUACCGUGAAACUUCGCAAUUGCGUGGUGCCGGGUCAUCGAACCCAGAGCCAAGCCGAAGCCCAGCGGGCACGUAAGCGUAAGACGUUUCGGCUGGUAUCGUUGGUGGUCGCCGCGUUCGCCAUCUGCUGGCUGCCGAUAAGCGUUUUUAAUGUUCUUCGGGAUAUCGAUAUCGACCUGAUCGACAAGCGUUAUUUUUUGUUGAUUCAACUGUUAUGUCACUGGUGUGGGAUGAGUUCCUCUUGCUGUAAUCCUUUUUUGUACGCGUGGCUGCACGACCGGUUCAGGGCGGAGCUGCGGAAGAUGUUUACCUGUCAUCGACGAAUUGGGAUUGGGAUACCGGCCAACAAUUGCGCCACCGCUAGCGUGGUUCUCUGACAGCGAGAAAGUCAAGAUGAGUUAUUACAAAGGCCACGGUGAAUGCAGAGGCAAUCAGAUCACUCGAUCUGUUACCUUUAGUCCUGCUCAUCUUUCACAUUCAUUAUGUUGCAGAUGGUAACAAACAACGCUACAUCUACUGUAGCAUGUGUCCGUGCUGGUUAUAUACAGAGAACGGGGUUGGAUAAUGCAUAAAGGUUGACCAUUAUGUCUCUGAUCUCUAUAUGGAUUAUGGAGGUAGUGCUGGUUUGAAUGGAAACUGAGCUUAGAUGUUUGUUUUGGAUGUCAUCACACAGUUUCAGAAGAUUGUGAAGAUGAUUUGAAUAAAGUGUGAGAAAGAAGCGGACAAAAGAAAGUCUAUUUUGAGAUGUAUGACUGUACAAAUGUAUAUAACAUGGGCAAUUCCAUGCAAAUGUCAACUUUAUCAUGAAAUGUAAAGUUUUUAACUAUACUGAUAACUCAGAUGUCAAUAUUUGGUGGUUUAAAUAUCCAUGCAAGGUCUAUUUUAAUGUUUUAUGUAUUAUUUACAAUAGUUAAGUAUGUGCAAAUUUCAGAAUACUCAUGUCUAUAACAUUGUAUUUUCCUCAUAAGUGUGCAUACAAAAUGAAAACAAAUUUGAAAUUAAGUUUAUUUAACUAAAUUCAGGAGGAGCAUGGUCAUGUAAUCCAACCAAUCAGGUGUCUAUAAAUAGCUGUCCUUCAGCAUCUUUUCUCCACCCCAUCACCUCACUCUCAGCUAGUACAUCUAUCCCAGUAAAAAGGGAGGGGGGGGUACUUUGGGUUCGGGCUAAAGUUCAAAGCUCGGACAGCAUGCCAAAUAUGCUUUAUCUCAUUCCCUAUUGAUUACAUGUUAAUGCGAACUCGUGAAAUGUUUUAUGAAGAGCCAUCCCUUCUCCAUUUCUAAUGGUGUUUUAUUGCUUUUGGUUUGUGCAUUUUAAAAGUAUGUUGUCUCCCAAAAACGUGUUACCCUUUUUGUCACAUGCAUAGCGCAUGCAUGUUUCUCUCAUCUAAAACAGAAAGCAUGAGUAUUGACUGAUAUUUUUCUGAUGUUUGAUCAUAAGGGGUUUAGGAAAAUAUAAACAGAUUAAAUAUAUUGACAAUAAAUGCAUUCACUGAGAAUUUGUAUGUUAAGUUUUGACAGCAAAUGUCACAUUCAUAACGCUGGAAUUGGUCACAUGCAAUGUUGAAAUAAUAAACAAUGUGUUGACUGGA